GAGGGGCGGGCUGCGGGCUGACGGUGCUGGAGAUCUUUUUGCGGUUGGAGGCGGGGAGCAGAGCUUGGUGACGGUGCCUUCAGCUUCCCUUUGUACACGCUCCCCCGCCCAUGGCUCGGCUCAGCCGCGGAAGUCCAGUGUGAUAGACGUGGCGGCGUCCCGUUCGCGCUGGUGGCGGCCCCGGGGUGUGAUGAGGAGAAACCCCGUCCUGCCCCCAGCGGGCUCGGGCCGCCCCUCUGCUCUAUAAGCGGAAUGCAGAGGCCGGCCUGGCUGCACGUUAAGCGGCUGCUGUGCCUGAUGGGCCGGAGGCCUGACCUGCUGUGCGGGGCCAUAGCGCUGAGCUGCGCCCUCCUCGUGGCUCUCAGGUUCACCUGCAGCCGCGCUAAAGAUGUCGUCAUGCCAGCAAAGCCGCCGAUGCGCUUUUUCCACACCCACUUACCGGUAGUGGACCUGUUCUUCGGCCAGAUUGACUAUGCAGAUCACCUCCGUCAGGACUCUGAGAUAACCUUGUAUUUCCUGUAUGCGCCCUGGUGUGCACAAUCCAUCGCUGCGAGGGAUGAAAUUGAGCAUGUGGCCAAUAAACUUGCAGAUCAGGUACUUUUUGUGGCUAUAAACUGCUGGUGGCAUCAGGGCAAUUGCAGGAAACGAAGAAAUUUUUUCUAUUUCCCAGUGAUUAACUUGUAUCAUAGGAGUUUUGGACCCAUUGAGUAUAAAGGCCCCUUGACAGCAGCAUAUAUUGAGAAGUUCAUUCGAAGAGUCAUGAGUCCGGUUUCAUAUAUUCCUUCAGUCGAAAAAUUAAAGGAUUUCCUUUCCAACUUAGAGCCUGGCGUUCUGGGUUUUUUUGAAUUCAAUGCGUCACCUCAACCUCCUGGCUAUCUGACAUUCUUCAGAUCUGCUCUGCAUUCAUUACAAAAAGAUUAUAUAGAUACUAUACGAUUUGGAGUAAUCACCUGUCAAGCACUCGCAAAGGAAAUCUCUCUGAGCAGCCCAGGAAGUGUUUAUUUGCAUAGAAACGUCAAUUCCUCUCUAGUAUACCCUAAUCAUGAAAUGAAUUUCACAGCUGCAAAUAUCUGCAAGUGGGCAUUAGAUAAUCGGGAGACCCUGCUGCACUGGAUACGCCCUCAUGGGGGCAAAAGUCUUCUGCUGAACAAUGAGCUGAAGAAAGGCCCCGCUCUCUUCAUGUUCAUUCCAUUUAACCCUCUAGCUGAGGAGCAGCAACUCCUGGAUGAGAUCAUGGAAGUUGCCCUGAAGUACAACAGCUGCACUGAAAGCCCCUAUGCUAAACCUCAGGAGCAGGGAGAUCUGGACUCCCCAUCACUCAGAGCUUUAAAGCAAUUUUCUUGUUGUAACACCAUUGUCCUUCCUCAGUGGCAUCUCCUGUCCAGGGUCCAAAAUGUGUGUGAGCUGUGUGUGAAUCGGAGCAGUGGCGCCUCCCUGAGCACAGUCUCUGGACCACGCUGCAACUUUCUGGACAUCAGUACAGCCUUAGAGUCUUUCUACCUCAAAGAACAAUUCUUCCUGAACUUUAUGUCGACUGUGAGAGAAUGCAGCAACUUUCUCGGCUCUUACAGUCCCUAUUUCUUCUAUACUGCAUGUUGUCAGACGGUAAGCAGAGGAUUAAUUGCUUCCAACUUCUACCAAGACAAUGUGUCUUUUGUGCUAUCUUCCCAAGGGAAGGUCCCCAAUGGGAAUUUGUCACAUAUAGUGCCUCAUAUUGAGGAGAAGGGACAAAUCUCUUCCAGCUAUCAUUUAAACAAUGACAGUAUCACUGGCCUCAGGUGCAGGACCAACAAGACCUUAAAUAUGUAUCUUCUGGAUUCCAAUUUAUCCUGGUUAUAUGCAGAGAGACUGGGAGCUUCCAGUCAGGAGAAAAUAUUUGCUGCUAUCAUUGACCUGAAAGAGGAGAUCCAUUAUAUCAUAGACCAGAGCCAGCCUCUCAUCGGGCCUACAUUAGAGGUCUUUAUCCAGAACUUCAGCAGAGUUUACAGUCCACUGCGGAGGCAUCUAGCCAGUGAGCCCGCACUGACCACCUUAAGACCACUACUCAUCACAGAAGUAACAACUAGCACUUUUCAUCGUGUUGUGUUAGACAGCAGAAAGGAUGUUUUGUUGCUGUUCUAUACAACCUGGUGUGGUUUUUGUGCCACUCUGAAUCAUAUUUUUAUCCGACUCACGCAGCUAUUGGCUACAGACAGUCUCAUUGUAGCUAGAAUAAAUAUUGCACAGAAUGAUCUCCCUUGGGAGUUUAUGGUGGAACGUGUCCCCACUAUUAUGUUCUUUCCUCAGAAUAGGAAAGAAAAUAGUGUAAAGUAUCCUGAAGAUGAGCAGAUCACGGUUUCAAACCUUCUGAGAUUUAUUCUAAAAUAUGCCACCCUGCCUUCCACUGCUGCAGAUCCACCAGCCUCCUGCCCCAUGCACUACCUUGAGGACAAGGUUUCUUACUUAGGAUGAGAGAUCCAGAGACUCCGAGCUGAAAUUGAGGUUUUAUACAAGGCUCAGGAUCAGCUGGCAGAACAUAUUUCAGAAGCUAGAAAAGAUGCAGAAGACCUUAAAGUACAGAAACUGGAACAACACAACAAAGCCCUGGAGGACCACAAGCAACAACUGCAGGUACUGUAUGAGAAGAAAGCCCAGGAGGCCGGAACAAUGGCCGACAAAAUCAAAGAGCUGGUAACCGCUUCUGGAAGUCUUCUGGCACAAAAUGCACUGCUCAAAGCGGGAAGAUGGAUCCGGGCCAAGCUCUGAUGGUGCAGAAGUUUCGGAGGGACCAUCUGAUACCAGCACUACAGAAGGCUCCGUUACCUUAGCGUACAAUAAAGAAAAUAAAGCAGACUGAACAUUUUUAAUAAUAUUUGGAGAAUAAUUUAUACAGAUUUUCUUACUGUAAAUAAAAUCUUUUUGCAGGGGGGUAGAGAAUAAAACUUUUUAUUUAUCUUUUAUUUCCUCUACUUUUAAAGGGUGAAUUACAUUCUAGAGCAGGGGUCGCCAAACUUCUUGGGUGUAAGGGUCAUAUUAUACCGUCCUUAAAUGCUGUAUUAAAGGGGUACUACGCUGCUCAGU